AUGAGCGUCAAAAUCGCUGCCAUCAACGAGAUCGACGUUGGUCGUAUCACUUCUGGACAGGUUAUUGUCGAUUUGACAUCUGUAGUGAAGGAACUGCUAGACAACAGUAUAGAUGCUGGGGCAGACCAGUUCGAAUGUGUUUUCAAAAACUAUGGCUUAGAAUCUCUAGAAUGUAGUGACAAUGGCAGUGGUAUUCCAGCCGAUAGUUACGCGGGACUUGCACUGAAGCAUCACACGUCGAAAAUUUCGAAUUUCGAAGAUGUAUCUCAGGUUACGACCUUAGGCUUUCGGGGUGAAGCUCUUUCUUCACUGGCGGCGAUCUCAAAUUUGGUGGUAACUACAACGGCCAAUCCUCCCAAAGCAGCACGGUUGGAAUUCAAUGCCAAGGGAGAAUUGAUCAAAAACGUUGUAACGUCCCGCAAUAAAGGCACAACCGUGCAUAUCUCUCAGUUAUUCAAUAACCUCCCAGUGCGUAAAAAGGACUUUACCCACAAUUGCAAACGACACUUCAAUAAAUGUAUUGCUCUACUGCAACAAUACACCAUAAUUCAGGACAAGAUGAAGAUUUCCAUUUGGCACGUCACCAGCAAUGGACGCCGCACUCUUGUCUUGUCGUCCACAAAAGAUCAGGGUAUCCCCAAACGGAUAGUCGGAGUAUUUGGAUCAAGUGCCAUGCAGGGACUUUCAGAGAUUAAUUUGGACCUUUCGAUAAACACCACCAAAUCAUGGGCUUCUCAAGCCUUGGGGCGUGAUUUUGAUGAACCUUCAGAAUACUCUGUAAAAGUGUCAGGGUACAUCUCGGGCAGUUCAUUUGGUUGUGGCAGGAACGCAAAAGAUCGCCAAUUUGUAUAUGUCAACCGAAGACCCGUGGUAUAUCCAGCACUUCUAAAAUGCUGUAAUGAAGUUUACCGCACCAACAAUAAUGUGCAAUUUCCAGCGUUGUUUCUGAACUUUGAGGUUGCCCCCGAGCUCAUUGACGUGAAUAUAACACCGGAUAAGAGAACUGUUGUAUUGCACAGCGAAAACGUUGUAAUUGAUUCCUUGAGGGAUGCGCUGGUGGAGUACUUUUCGGAUCAGGAAAUGGUGCUGCCCGUUUCUUUGAAAACUAAAAUUGAAAAGAAUGAGGAAGAGCCUGAAUUUAAAAGACAAAAGGCUGAGGCUGUCAGCCAAGAGCUGGAUUACCAAUUUCUAGACGAUGUAUCACAACCCGAAGUUUCUGCGCCUCAAUCUGAAGUCUCAGAAAAUACUCAGAGCGGCGUGGCAGCAUCUAAUUAUUCGGAACAUGGACGCGAUACAUCUGCGCAAGAGCCUUGCAUUUUUGUGAUGGACUCAGAACCAUCCGAUGAAGCAGAAGGGCUGAACGCAACAGAUCAUCCCGAAAAUGCCGACGCGUCCGUAUCAUCAAACCGCAUCCCUAUCAAGCGUACGACUACUAGAGGUAAGACCCAAAGGACACUUGAUGCUUUUGCAAAUCCUGCUAUGGACUUUGAUGCGGACCCUUUGUCAAGAACGCCAAAUGCCUCUGAAGAAACGUUGACAUUGCAGAUUGGCGAUGAUCACUUCGAAGAACGAGCGGUUAUAUCCCGAGAUAAACAUUUGAUAAUCUCAGAAUACGGCGAUUCGAAUAGAAACAAACAACGCAAGGUUUCUGGGGAUGUUGAAUCAAUACCCUCACAAAGUCCAUGUACAUGCUCUUCAGGUAACGAAUACGAGGAUGAAGAUGAUGAGGAUGGCCUGGAUAAUGCUCAGCUUCGCAAUACAAUUGGAAAUUUUUCGACAGGCGACUCAGUUUCACAGGUCGCUCCCGCAAGCUCGAGCCUGGAAGAAUUCACAUCUACAAGCCAGCUACAAUCCGAUUUGACAGAGACUGAGACACCCUCUCAAAGGGAGAAUACACUGAAAGGUUCCGCUCACACCGUAGACACUGAGAUUUUAUCAGUGGUAUAUCCGGUGGAUACCUCAACGAUAGUCAAUAAGUUUAAGGAGCAGGUUCAAGUUAUGGAUCAGCCAAAAUUAGAAAAGCAUCAAAACUUUAUCCAGAAGAACGAACAGAUAGAGGAUUUUGCAGAGGGUGAAAAAUAUUUGACUCUUUCAGUUUCCAAGAGGGACUUCAAGAGUAUGAACGUUGUGGGACAGUUUAAUUUGGGUUUUAUUUUAGUGACACGCAGAAUUGGACGGAAAUUUGAUUUAUUCAUUAUAGACCAGCAUGCUAGUGAUGAGAAAUUCAAUUUUGAGAUGCUCCAACAGACGACGGUUUUGAAGUCACAACGUCUCAUUGCACCUCAGGAAGUAGAAAUGAGUAUUAUCGAUGAACUCAUUACCACGGAGAAUCUAGAAGUUUUCGAGAAAAACGGGUUCAAAUUGGAAGUAGAUGAGGACAAACCACAGGGCAGUCGAGUUCGAUUGGUUAGCUUGCCUAUAUCGAAAAAGACAAUUUUCGAUAUAAAUGACCUACACGAAUUGAUCCAUUUGGUGAGAGAGUCUGAUGGGCUAAACAAGGAUGCAGUACGCUGCUCGAAAGUAAGGAGUAUGCUAGCAAUGCGUGCCUGCCGUAGUAGUAUUAUGGUGGGAAAGCCGUUGUCCAAAAAAAUGAUGGUGCGUGUGGUGCAGCAUUUGAGUGAACUGGACAAGCCUUGGAAUUGUCCUCACGGCAGGCCUACAAUGCGGCAUUUGAUGGAACUGAGGGACUGGAAUGCGUUUGAAGAUGACUAUAGAUUGUGA